AUGGACCAUCCAGACAGCGAACUGGCCACGGCCAUCCUGUUCCAGGUCACGAAAAAUGUGAGCGAUAUGAUGUCUCAGAAUUCGUUCAAGACCUUUCGGGGUGCCAUGACCGUGCCUCACGUCGACGACUAUACCACCUCGGAAUCAUUUAAUCGUGUGCAGGCCAUGGUCAUUGGAUACAGGAAGGGCAAUGUACGCCUGGUGUUUGGACGGGCCACGCACCAGCCAGACAUCUCAGCCAUGUACCGGGACAAGUCCACGGCAGGCUUUACCUCACUGUCGAACCCUGACGCCAUAGUGGAUGAGCUGGAGGCCGUGGAUGCCAUUGUAAUCCCCGAGCCCGGCGACAUUGUGUGCUGGGCCGCUGGGGUGGUGCACUUUGAGAUGAGCAUUAACCCGGCGGCGAAAGGCAAGGGCAAGUUUAAAUACACGCGAGGCCAUGUGCAGGAACGCUACGUGGUGGGGACGCACAAUCCAAGCGGCAGCCUGACGCAGACGCAGCUGAAAACGCUGUCUGGAAUGGCCGAGUCUGGGUUUAUCCUGCAUCCGUACGUUGGACCAAAGAGCCAGUUUGGGCCCGCAAAUGCAAACACAUUUCACCGCAAGACCACGCAGUUCUGCCGCCGCAGAGUCCAGCCGCGGUGUGAGAAGAAGCGGUUUGUUGGAGUCAAUUAA